AUCCAGCCUCCUCCCCCACCUGCCUUUUUCACUGCUCUAAAUUGUCAAUCCAUGAUGAAAACCAUAAACAAGUCAAUGGGUUUCUUUUAUGCUAUCGUCUGUAUGUUGUUUGCCUUUGCAACAGUUGCUUGCGCUGCUCUCAACUCAAUCCCCAUCUCCCGGAUGGAGUAUUAUGCGCCUCCAAGCGCCAAUCCGUGUCAUGAACCAGGCCAUCCUUGCCAUCAUCCUCCUUCAACUGAGCCGGACCAACAGCUUGAGGAUUAUCAGCCUAUUGAUCCAGUACCAAAGCCUCCUCCAGUACCAAGCCCUCCUCCUUUAGCAGAACAUCACUGAAGAUAAUAUGUGUAAUUUAUAUAUGGAGGGAGGAUUAUGCAUGUGAUUUAACUAAGAAUAAUAAUGGUCUUUCACUUUGGUUCUGAUUUGGUUUUCUGAACUUUGUGUUCAAGCCGCUCGUUUCCCUUACUAAUAACUCGUCCUUAACCUGAUUAUCUAUCUUGCUCUUCCUUUUCCGUUUGUAAUUUUAUUAUAUGCUACUGAAUAUAUUGACAAGUGUGGGUGCCUGACACGCUAAAACAUAACACCAAACUGCGACCAAGUGUAAUCGUAGUCCGGAAAUGCAGACUAGUGGCAAGUUCUAUUUGUCAACCCGGGGUCUAGAUCUACUGCCUACUCCGUGAUUAUCUAUUAUCUAGCAAACUAAGUCGAGUGAUUGUGAUUUUAAGUAAAAGCAGUAAGAAAGCAGGAAAUGGUUCAAAGUUCUUUAGCAAGGGAAGAGUCACUCGGGAAUGAGUCCCACUAGCUCCUUAUUUAAGUCAAGGUUGUAACUACCCUGGGUUAAUUAAUUGUUGAUUAAACUGCGGAAGAUCUGAUAGUAGCUUGGAAUCUAUUAAGCUGACCAAGCCCUCUCAGGCAGACUAACCGGCAGGUCACUAGCCUUCACCGGGAUAGACUGCUGAGGCAAUAAAAGAAGAACUCCGCUACUGGAAUUGGAUUCCAGUACAAAGCAGUAAAUCGAUUAACUCUCGUAUAACCAAUCUAACACUACCGAUUGAUGAAGCUCUAACAACCUAAUCAGAUUCUAUCUAUCUCAGGUUGUAACAGAAAUCAAGAAAAGAUGAUCAGGCUUCAAUUGACUCAAUGAAUCAUGCAUCAAUCGAUUAAAAUCAAUCAGUAUAUCAAUCCAAAGUCAUUACAAUCAAGAUUCCUAAUACAUGGAACCAGGGUUCUUCACACCCAAGUGAGAGAAGGUUCUACUCCAUAGAGAGAGAGAGAUGAAAACAUAAAUCAGAGCAGUCAUACUCAUAAAGAUGGGGAUAAUCUGGAGAGAGAGAUGAAAACAUAAAUCAGAGCAGUCAUACUCAUAAAGAUGGGGAUAAUCUGCUCUGAGAUGUUGAUCUUCACUCCUGGGGAUGCAAUCUGGGCUUCAAUGGCUAGAAAUCCACUCCAAAUAGCUCCUAGGGUUUGUUCUUUGCACUUUCUCUCUCUCUCAUGCUCUGUUUUUUGCUCAAAAACUUGAUUCCCCUCCAAAAGACCCAAAAUUGGGUUAAACCCAGAAUUUCCCAACCACACGGCCGUGUGAAAAUCCCAGAUGCCUGUGUGGAGGUGAAAACGCCGCAUUUCACUUAAAUGGUCUCAUGCACGUCACACGGCCAGAACUGCACGGCCGUGUGAAAUCUCGGCCUGCCCGUGUGACAUCUCUGUGAUUUCCACACGGCCACAAGGGACCCGGUACACGGCCAGUGUGGUUUGCUCGCGCAAUAGAAUUCCACAUGGCCACGCCACACGGCCGUGUGGCUGCUAGGUCUUGCCGUGUGGUUUCCUCGGCUUCUCGCCAAACGUCCAACCUUCGUCCAAUCGACCCUGAACUCGUUCCCAAACCUCCAAUCACGUACUAGGACCUGAAAUAUCACAAACAAGAACAACCUAGCGUGAAAUCAGCCUAUGAUACGAGAAAUGAGGCUCAAACGGCAUAAGAAUGGUGGACAAAAACAUGUGUAUAUAUUAAGUCAUCAGUGUCUCCUCCCCAUAUAAGACGAUGAUCAAGCUGAUGCUCAUGUGUCCUAUUUUGUAUACUCCAUGGUGGCAAGUAUCUAACUAAUCGGGUCAAAUUGGUUUAAGAUUGGCCUGAACAAAUCGGUCUGGGAUUA